AUGUUCAAAAGGAUCUUUUUCUUGGUCAUUUCUAUAAUAAUACGUGACGCCUGUGGAGUUAGGAUUAACUUUACGAAUUGUCACCAUCCAGACUGGUCUUGUGCUAAUAAUGUUCCUAAUGAUAUUGUUUAUACCUGUACGACUUCAAGGAGUAACGAUUUCAUAAUUCAUCUAAAGGAUUUUUACACCGACAACAUACACACGGUUACGAUUCAAAAUUGUAAAGACUUACGUGUAGUUCUCGAUUGUCCGAUACUGCAACGAGCGUCUCGGUUACAAAAGUUUGUUGUGAAAGACUGCGAUAGAUUAGAAUUUGUUUCUCUGACCGUCAGCUCGCCCUUGCAAACACCGCCAGAAGUAAAGAUAGAAAACGUUAAAGAAAUCGUUUCGCUACCAACCAAUAUUUUUAAAUCUCCGACCACAAAUUCCGAAUUAAAAUGUAUGGGAGCGACAUAUUACAAAAAGAUCCACAUAAUUAAUUGUAAAAUAAACUCAAUCAACACCAAAGCUUUUUACAAUGUAAGUGGAAUAAAAAGUGUCGAGUUUGACAAUGUCACCAUAACAGAAAUACAAAGUAAAGGAGUUGAAGUGAUUACUGGUUUGAAUAACACGCUUUUUGCACUUAAAAACAGUAAAAUUGAAAACAUAGAAAUUCAAGGUCUUACAGUACAGUCUUCCACGGCAAAGUUAUUGUACAGCACAUUCGGAGACAUAAAAACUAAUGCGAUAAAUGUAACAUCUGAUAACCUACACAUAGUUGGUAAUACUUUUAAAAGGAUAGCCGGUUAUGGUUUGACGACUAAAUCUGUGAACACCGAUGUUACAAACAAUAUAAUCGAAUUAUUAAAUACGAACGCAUUGGCAAAUGUGAAAUGUUUAAGAAAAGUGUCAAACAGGAAACAAAUUAAUUUUAUUCGUAACGAAAUCAUAAAGGUCGAACCGUACUCACUGUACUUUGAUUACGCGUCUUGCAAAUCGGCAGGUUCACAGAUUGCUUUCAGAGAAAACAAAAUCGACUGUACAUGUCGCAAUAUCGCGUUCCUAAAUUCUAAAACGGGCAACGAACAAAACAGUUUAAUUUUAAAUUUGGCAAACAAUAAUACAUGCUUAGUCACGUCCUGCGUGUUACCCGUAGAGAUUGUUAAGCUACUACUUGAAAGCGACAUGUGCCAUUUAAAUCUUGACCCUCAAGUUAUGUGUUUACUCUACAGCGAUAAGCAUUCCACGAUUAAAAACAACGAAGUGACUACAGACGAUGAUGUCACGGAACCAGCGCCUACAUUUUACUUGAUAAGACAAUCGAAGUCCCUGCACGGAGAAGCUGGGGCUGCGAUGACAGCUAUAGAUAAGGACGAUCUCAUAAAAGACAGUCACUUAAAUAUGACAAACAGAACUAUAAUUAAAGUUGUAUUCGAUUCUUCUAAAGAUUUCGUUGAAACAUUGCGUAGUACCAGUGGAACUCGGAAUAGGCCUAUAGAAAACAAAUCUCCACCAAAAGAAGAAUACGUAAGCCAUUGUAUAGGCACGCAAUGCCGGAACACCGCAGCGUACAAUCGACAAAGAGCCCUUGAUUUCUACAAAUACGUAUACGCACAAUUGCGUACGCCAAGACAGAACGGCUAAAAUAAAAAUAAUACUCAAUCGUUAUCAUUGUUUAAUAAUAAAUACAUUCUUGAAUUAUUA